AUGGUGCUCCUGCAGUACACUUGGGACUGUAUCCGAGGAUACGAAUCAUGGCUCAAGUCACCUUUCUUCCCCUGUCUCUUCUCACUAGCAGUUUAUUUGGGCUUCUGUCUGCCCUUUGUGGUGCUGGACACCCUGUCUCCAAGAGUGGCUCUCAUCAGGAAAUACAAAAUUCAACAGAAAAGCCAUGUCUCCUGGAGUAUGAUGUGGUCCUGCUUGGCUCUUGCGCUGUACAACCAUGUGGUGUUUAUCUUCCCACUGAGCGUGCUUCACUGGUACUGGAGACCAGUGGUCUAUCCAGAGACAGCGCCUGAGACCCUGGAGGUGAUCGGGCAGCUGGCUGCCUGUCUUCUGCUCUUCGACUUCCAGUACUUCAUCUGGCACUUGUUGCAUCACAGAGUGCCUUGGCUCUACCGCACCUUCCACAAGGUGCACCACAAGUACACCUCCACUUUUGCCCUGACCACAGAGUACUCAGGAGCCUGGGAGACUCUGUCAUUGGGCAUCUUCGCCGCGGUGAACCCCAUGCUGCUGGGCUGUCACCCUCUGACAGAAAUGCUUUUCCACGUGCUGAACAUGUGGCUGUCUGUGGAGGACCAUUGCGGCUAUGACUUACCAUGGUCUACGCACAAACUUGUGCCAUUUGGACUGUAUGGAGGUGCACCUCACCAUGACCUGCACCAUCAGAAGUUCAAGUCCAACUAUGCUCCGUACUUCACGCACUGGGACAGACUCUUUGGCACGCUGCUCUCUGAGUAA